CGUACAAACGCCCUAUCAAGACCAACAUACAAACAAACGCUACCGUGUUUCUGCACUCUCUGCGAAACCCCAAAUUAUGGCAACCAUUGCUCGCGCACCGCCUGCAGCUCUUCCUGGGCGCCAGACGUGGUCCGUGAAGGCUCCUGUUCCUGUUGCAGGCUCGUUUCGCCGGGACUGCCGGGCGGCUGCAGGCUAUAAGGCGCGGAUUGAGAGCGUGAACGAGGACCAGAGCAAGGAGUACAAGAUCCAGAAGCUGGCGGAGAUUCUGUACACGUCCCCGGAGACCGUGUCCAACAUCGUGCGCCUGCGCCCCGGGCUGCUGUGCCCCGACAGCCAGUGGUUCGAGGAGCGCAUCAUGCACCUAAGCUACCGCUACCAGGUGCCGGAGCGCACCGCGGCCCAGUACGCCCUGGAGAACCCCGCCCUGCUGUUCAACCGCCUCUGAGUCUGACCUGAGGGAGGAGGCAGCAGUUUGGCAGAGUGCAGCGUGGGGCGGCGGCGGCCGGGAUGGCUGGAAACCGCCGCUGGGGCGCUGGCACAGUGAUCGCAGUGAUGGCGUCAUCGUGAGAGGCACCAGCACCGCGGCGACUGCCGCGCCAAGGACGGACACGUGCACGGCAUGCGCCGCCUGCCCCGGGUGUCCAGGGGCAGCAGGCGCGCAGACGUCAGGGCAGAAGGCCCCUGCGGCGGCGGUCGCAAGAGCAGCGCAGCAGCUGUCCGCACUGGGCGGUAUGUGGGUCAGCGGGCCCAGGCAGCGCAAUGAUUGUGCAAUUUUAGGGGUCGGUGCAUGGAAGUUUCUCAGUCCUAUGCUGCAGCGCUUAACGGCAGUCCACUUGCCUAGUCGAGGUGUGGGCGCACGGCGCUUUCAAGUAGCGUGUUAAGAAGAGGUGUGAUUGGCUCAAAAGUACUCGUUGAUUGAUGCUUCGCAUCGUUGCACACGACGGGAGAGAGAGCUGAUAGCUCAAUACAUAUUUCGUCGUUCCCGUCACAAAAACAUCAUAAGCAACAUGGAUUGACGGACAGUCGAUGCCAUCGUGCUUUGUGUGCGUGUAUCAUAUAUAUUUUGUACGGUCACGCGGUCGUGCGUGCUGCAUGCCCGCGAACCGUAAUGCACAUCAUUACUUAGCGUGCUGUGUGCCUGUUGGUUAAGUCAAUGCAGGCCAUGCCGGUUGGCGUCAGAUGCCCGGUGUGGCCCUGGUGUGCGGGCCCUGCGGUGCCCGGGGCCCGAUGUGGGUUCCCCAUAAAUAUUGCGAGGAGUGUGUCAGUAGCGUCAAUGAGAGAAGAGAACCUCAACAAACACCCCCCGCUCGGCGUGCAUGGGGGCGGUACAGGUACAGAAGCGUAGAAGGGGUCCGUGGCUGGUGUAUUCAACCAAAGCAUGUACCAAGCAAGGUGCUGUACCAAUUGUGUUGAGGAUACUGUACCACCUGAGAGUUGGAUGGCGCCAAACCGGCGCCAGGGUAUGUAGGUCUGUAUCAGUAUGCGAGUUACACAACGCAGAGGGUUGAGCUGCGGGGCAGGUCGGUGCUGGGUUGCUGCGGAGGAGCGGUGUGGACCAAGCGACGAUAAAUGACUGUGGCGGCAAAGAGGUAGGGACCUGGUGUGCCGCUGCAGGCGCAGUGCGGCCAGGUGCUGCUCGUGAGCAUGGUGAUAUAAAUCUGGUUAGGUUGCCCCACAGGCCUUACACUCUAGUUAAGGUUGGCAAACGGUUUGGAUUGUGGCUCGAACGGAAAUGCUCUUGGUAACCACGCUGCAAGGCGCACAGCAUCGUAUUUAGCCUGGUGGUGCAGCUGUGAUGUGAACUAACACAGGUGUAACAGGAACUUUGC